AUGCCCCCCGAGGGGACGUUCAUGCACUGGUUCCUGAACAAUCGCAGCAUCCACAUCUACAUCACGCUUGGAGUCCUGUCGUCGCUGGCGGGGUUCACGUUCCUGGUUAGUCUGCGACGGGACUCGAAGUUUGGGGAUCUCCUGCCGGAGCCGAAGGAUGCGAUAUGGCACCCCUUUGCGACGGUGAGGACGGUGUUUGAGGUUUUGAGGCUGGAUACCGAGGCGAGGAGCGCGGAGACUAAGGAGAGGAGAGAGAGGAGGGUGGAGGAUGUGGCGAAGAGGGGAGAGUACAGGAAGGCGCAUGGGUUGGAGACAGAGGGCUUUGGUGGGUGGACUGCCAAGGAGGCACCUCCUGUCGCUGUUCAGGAAGCAAUGGAAGCGGGAGAGGAUAGCGUGGAGCAGCCGAAGCAGAAGAGGCAGGUUAAGAAGUGGUUGGGGAUUUGGUAG